UCCCGGUGCAGGGCCGAGCGCGGGCGACUUUGCCGACAUGCAGCAGCUCGAGCCGGCCGAGUACGAGGGCGGGACCGACCUGUCGUCCGACAUGAAGACGCUCGCGCCAGGGACCGACGUCCUCACUGACGCCGACAAGGGCACCAUCGUGACGGCGCCGAGGCCGCACGGCAUGGCCAAGGAGCCGUCGCGCACCAACUCGAUCGAGCCUUCGUCCGACGACGGCACGAGCGGGAGCAACAUCGAGCGCGUCAUCAACAUCAAGGAGUGCCCGCUGUGCCGCAAGCCGCGCCUCAACAAGAAGGGCGAGGUGAGCAUCAUCACGCACCUCGGCGUGUGCGCGUCGACCGACCCGACCAAGGUCAACCGGGUCCUCGUCACCAACUUUGUCACGGCGUCGCAGGCGCAGCGCAAGCUGCUCAACAAGGUCUUCUCCAAAGUGAUGAAGGGCAAGUACAACCUCGGCGCCGACUCGGCCAACAUCAUCGUCCAGGACCGCCUCACGGGUGCUCUGCAGGAGGAGAAGAUGGCCGUCUACGUCCGGCUCGGCAUCCGCCUCAUGUACAAGGGCAUGAGCGGCAACAUGGAAGGAGCACGCAUCCGCCGUCUCCUCGACUCGCUCACCAAGAAGCAGGGCGCCAAGUACGACAGCCCGGCCUCGGCUCGCGAAAUCGAGCCGUUCAUCAAGUUCCACAACCUCAACAUGGACGAGGUCCUGGACCCUGUCUCGUCGUUCAAGACCUUCAACGAGUUCUUCUACCGCAAGCUCAAGCCCGAUGCACGACCCGUUGCCGACCCGGACGACCCGCGCACGGCCGUCUCUGCUGCAGACUGCCGCGCCAUGUUCUUCGACACAGUCAGCGACGCGACGUCGAUCUGGAUCAAGGGCCGCGAGUUUACCGUCGCCAAGAUGCUCGGCGAGAAGUACGGCAAGAAGGCGGCCGAGUACGAGGGCGGCAGCCUCGCGAUCUUCCGGCUCGCUCCGCAGGACUACCAUCGCUUCCACUCGCCCGUCGACGGCGUCAUGGGCCAUCAAGACUACCUCACCGGCCAGUACUACACCGUCAACCCGAUGGCCAUUCGGUCCAACGUCUCGGUGUACAGCGAGAACGUGCGCCUCGUCGCGAGCAUCGACAGCCCCGUCUUUGGCGAGGUUAUGAACGUUUGGGUCGGCGCCAUGAUGGUCGCCGGGAUCACGAUGCACAAGUUCGAGGGCGACGAGGUCAAGCGCGGCGACGACCUGGGUCGCUUCUCCUUUGGCGGCAGCACGACGGUCCUGCUUUUCAAGCCCAACACGGUCAAGUUCGACGCCGACUUGCUCGAGAACUCGAGAAACUCGAUCGAGACCCUCGUUCGUGUCGGGAUGCGCAUCGGGCGCGCCGUCGACAAGUGAGCGUGCCGCCACGUCUUCCUCGCCUUCGUCACCUCGUCGCACCCGGCUGUCCGCAUGCACAGACACUCUCGCUUCCCCUUUUUUGUAUACCUCACACUGCGACUUUCGCUUGACUCUGCG